UAUUCAAAAGAAACAUAGUCCUUUGAUGAAAAAGAUUUUAAAUGAGUUUGACGAUUAUGUGCCGAAGGUAAUCGAUCAAAGCUUGGCCAGAUUGACAUGUAUAAAAUCCCAGGUGAUGAAAGACAGAAUUAAGAAGGCAGCAGUGUACUACACAGUUGGUCGAAAUCCAGUGCAAGGAGAAUUUAUGGCGUUCGCUUUCGAAUCUAUGAACAAGGACUUGAAGUUAACGGAUGAGGUACUACAUCAGCUGCAAGUAGUCGCUACCACGGUCGAAAUGGUUCAGACAUAUUACUUCUUCUGGGAUGACUUAGAAGAUGGAGCUAAAAUCCGUUUAAACAAAACUUGUUGGCAUUUGCUGGAUAAUAUCGGCCUGAUGGCUUUUAAUGAUGCUUGUAUCAUGAGGAGUUUCAUCGAUGAGACAGUAAGACAAAACUUCAACUUGGAAUUGCGUGACAAUAUCCUGAAAAUUUAUCUUGAAUUAUAUAUGAACGCGUCAACUGGUCAACAUUUUGACGCUGAAAUAGCAAGAUCCAAAAACUAUGACAAUUAUACAAUCGAAGGAUACAAUGCGACUAACACAAUGAAAUCAGCGUACUAUGCCAUAAAAUCUCCGCUUCUCUUAGCGUUAUCUCUUAGUAACAAGUUGGAUAAGGAUUCGUAUGCUAUUGUUGAUAAUGUAGGGGAUGACAUUGGUAUAUUAAUUCAAUGUCAUAACGACUUAAUUGACUAUUUCAACACUAAGGGUAUAGUUAAAGGUAAGUGUGGAUCAGAUAUUCAGAUGGGCAAGUGCUCGUGGGUGACUGCCGCAGUAUUAGAGAACUGCAGCCCGGCACAGCGACGCAUCUUCACAGAAAACUACGGCAAUUCGGAUCCCGAGAAAGUUAAUCGUAUACUCCAAUUAUACGAAGAAAUAAACGUAGAGAAGCUUUACAAACAAGAGGAGCAGAAACGAUUCGACAUAUUCAAUAGAAAAAUCAACGAGUUGCCUAAAAACGCCACACCUUCUGCCGAAUUUUUUAAGAGUUUUUAUAACUUAGUUCAUUAUUAUACCCAAGAUGUUUCAACUUUAAUGUACGACAAGUUAAAUUGAAUUUAUUCCCUUAAGUAGUAAAUAAGCACUG